AAAGACGUACGCACACACAGCCGCACGUCCCGAUCAGACCGUCUGUCCGUCCGUCUGACUGUCUGUCUCGCCGUCUGGUCAACAGGGGGACCCGACCACUGAGACCCGGGCUCAGUCUUUGUUGUGCACUCGCACCGAACGGAACGAAACGUCGAACGGGAAAGAAAAACCCGGGAACCAUUGUGCGUUUGUGCGUGAGGCAAAAGAAAAGGUUAGAGAGAGGCUUCCCCCCGUGGUUGACGGUAACGAGAUGGUGCUGCGUGUGACCGUUAUGUGCGGUGUGCUGGCGUUGGUGACGGUCCGCGGCCAGGCCGCGAACCCAACCGUCGACGCAUUCACACGCAACGACAUAGUGUCCGAUCUGAUCGACGUCGCACCGGAGGAAACGAUCAAGAUCACGUACCCGGAGUCGGAUGCGGAGGUUUCGCUCGGCAAUCAGCUCACCCCGACCCAGGUACGAUCGCCACCGAAGCUGUGCUGGAGCGUGGAAACGAACGCCCUCUACACGCUGCUCAUGGCCGAUCCGGAUGCACCAUCGCGCAGCAACCCCGAGAUGCGCAGCUGGAAGCACUGGGUGGUGGGCAACAUUCCCGGCAUCGAUGUGGCGGCCGGUGAGGUGCUGGCGGAUUACGUCGGUUCCGGACCACCCCAAGGUACCGGUCUCCACCGGUACGUGUUUCUCGUGUACAAGCAGCAGGACCGUGUAAUGUUCAACGAAACGGUGCUCAGCAGCAGGAACCCGAACCGUGGCAAAUGGAAUCCGGCAUCGUUUGCGAAGCAGUACGAGCUGGGCGAUCCGGUUGCCGGCAACUUCUACCAGGCCCAGUACGAUGACUACGUCCCGGAGCUGUACGCCACCUUCACGGACACCGCCUGAACGAGGCAGGAUCUUGUUCAGCGUUCGUAACGGUUGAAAAAAAAAUCAACCUCCCUCCUCUCCCUUGGUGUCUCCCAUCCUGGGUCCUUCCGGUUCCCUACCUCCAGUCUUUCCCAGUGGAACUCCCACACACCCACAC